UCUUGUACAGAUGUUCCUUUAAAUGCGUUUCCAUGGUGAUCCGCUCGUUUCGUCUCCUCCCAGGUCAUCUCCGUUCGUCCAAUAGCAGCGAUGGACUCCAUGUCCAUGAGCGGUGGGCGGAGCCCCGUCUUUCUCACGGCCUCGUCGUCUCAGCGCCUCCACCGCGGCGGCCAGGCCGUGCAGAACGGGCUGGGGGUGGGGGCGGGGGCAGGAGGGAGCGUGGACCGUCCCGUCCAGCCCACUGUGGCCGUCCUGGGCUCGGGGGACUUCUCCAGGUCCCUGACCAUGCGUCUGCUGCACCGCGGCUUCCAUGUGGUGGUGGGCAGCCGCCAGCCCAAGAUGGCCGCCCAGUCCUUCCCUCAUGUGGUGGACGUGACGCACCACGAGGACGCCGUGGCCAAGGCCGCCAUCGUGUUCCUGGCCAUCCGCAGAGAGCACUACCCGGUCCUGUGGGACCUCAAACACCUGCUGGAAGGGAAGAUCCUGGUGGACGUGAGUAACAACCGCAGAGUGAACCAGUACCCCGAGUCCAACGCAGAGUACCUGGCAUCACUGCUGCCACAGUCCACGGUGGUCAAAGGCUUUAAUGUCAUCUCAGCCUGGGCCAUGCAGCAGACCAGCCCUAUGGACGCAAGUACACAGGUGUUCAUCUGCAGUAACUCGGCCCAGGCUCGUCAGCAGAUCGUGGACUUGGCUCGUCAGCUUCACUUCCAGCCGGUGGACAUGGGGACGCUGUCGUCGUCCAGGGACAUCGAGAACAUGCCCAUCCAGCUGUUCCCGGGCUGGAAAGGCCCCGUCCUGGCCGCCGUGGCCCUGUCCAUCUUCUUCUUCUCCUACUCGUUCGUGCGGGACAUCAUCCACCCGUACAUCAAACGCAAACAGAGCGACUUCUACAAGAUCCCCAUGGAGAUGGUCAACCGGACCCUGCCCACCGUGGCCAUCACCCUGCUGGCCCUGGUCUACCUGGGGGGGCAGCUGGCCGCCGCCCACCAGCUCUACUACGGAACCAAGUACCGACACUUCCCCCAGUGGUUGGAGGGGUGGCUGCAGAGCAGGAAACAGCUGGGCCUGCUCAGCUUCUUUAUGGCAGCGGUCCAUGUUCUGUACAGCGUGUGUUUACCCAUGAGGAGGUCCGAGAGGUACCUGCUGCUGAACACCGCCUACCAACAGGUGAGGAGAGAGAGAGGGAGGGAGGGAGAGAGAGAGAGAGAGAGAGAGAACAGGUGAGGAGAGAGGGAGAGAGAG